AUGCUGCAUCCCCGGCGUAGUGCCCAGGACGUCCUACUGUGUGACUCCUGUAAAAUUGCCCCCCUACAGAGCCACUGUGAACGUUGUAAUAUCCACCUAUGUACUAACUGUGUAGGAAAACAUCUCUUGGAUUCGUCUAGAAAACACAGAGUCGUUCCGUUCAUAGAGAAAAGUUCUAGCCCAAACUACCCAAAAUGUCCGAAACAUGCCGACAAACACUGUGAAUUUUACUGCGAGAAAUGCGACGUUCCUGUCUGCUCUACCUGCGUCUUGUCAGAUAAACACAGGGGUCACAAAAUAUCAGAUGUUUUGAAAAAACUCGGCUCUAAAACACAUGGUUUACAAAAAGAUUUGGAAGAAUUAGAGGCUAAAAUUUAUUCUCGAUAUGAAGAAAUGGCGUCGGAUGUCCAAACUGAAAAAGCCGAGUUAGAAACGAAUUACAGGAAACUGACCACAGAUGCCGACCAACAAGGAGAAGUCUUACACCGAGAGAUCACCGCCAUUGUCAACCAACGGAAAUCUGACAUUGCUGAGAUGAAAAACAAACAUAUGGCUGCCUUAGAUCAAAACACAGAUGAAAUUACGCAUAGUAUUAUUGAACUCAAACAAGCCAUUCUAAAUCUGAAGGCGAUAUCAGAAUCCAAAGAUAUCUCUCUAAUCUCUACCUACAAAUCUAGGAAUAACGAGUUCAGAAGAUUACCUCCUAAAGUCCGAGUUACACUACCAAGUUUCUCUCCUCAGAAAAUAAGCAAAGAUCAGCUCAAUGAAAUAUUUGGUUCUCUGUCAUCAUUAUCCAUUACAAAAGAACUUGACAACACAAUGAAGUCACCAGAAUCUGUAUCUUCUCCAGUCAAAACACUGCUUGAUAAACCGCGAAUCACCGCCACCAUAGACGCUGGGUAUACACAACUACUCAGUGUUAACUGUCUGAGUGAAGACCAAGUCUGGACAUAUGGGUAUGACAAAAUCACGAAGCUUCUCAACCUCCGAUGUACGAUACUGACAUCAAUACAAACCGAGUCAAGGUACCAACCACGGGACAUAGCAGCAACACGGGACGGAUAUCUUGUUUACACUGACCCUGAAAUUAAAACUGUAAACCUAGUAAAGAAUAAUCAGAUACAGACCGUGAUCACACUACAGGGGUGGAAACCUCGCUAUAUGUGCAGCACUGCCUCUGAUGAUCUCCUUGUUAUCAUGAUCAGUGAUGACUAGAAACAAUGCAAAGUUGUGCGUUACUCUGACUCCACAGAAAAACAAACCAUUCAGUUUGAUGAUCAGGGUCAACCUCUCUAUUCACCUGUUGCUCUAAAUAAAUAUAUCAGUGAGAACAGGAACCUGGAUAUCUGUGUGGCUGAAAGUGGAGCUAGUGAAGUCGUCACGGUCAAUCAGUCAGGAAAACUCCGAUUUAGAUACACCGGUCAUCCCUUUAAAGCCAAGGAAAUCUUUGAUCCAGUCGGCAUCACUACAGACAGCCAGAGUCACAUCCUGACAGCAGACGGUAAACAUCACCGUAUCCACAUCCUAGAUCAGGACGGACAGUUCCUCCGUUACAUUCAGAAUUGUGACUUACACGAUCCAUGGGGUUUAUGUGUGGACAUCACAGACAACCUCUUUGUGGCUGAGUGUGACACUGGUAAAGUGAAGAAAAUUCAAUAUCUAAUACUUUAAACAGUGUCAAUUGCACAUCCCAACACUCGGUUAAGUACAUCUAGCAACACUGUGUUAAGUAUAGCAGUGUUAAUUACACCUACAAAAUCUGUUAAUUACAACAGUGUUUGUGAUGUGUAACUAACUUGUGUAUUGACACUGUAGAUUUGUGGUUAUUUUUUGGCUGAUUGAACAUUACUCUUUUAGCUAUUGGUGUUUUGUAAAUUAUCUUUUAGUUUUGAACAAUGUAUAUACUAGUACAUAGAUAAACAUGAUUUAGAGAACAA